AUGACCUACAGCAGUUUUCUCGUGCGCCGAGGCACUGAGCUUGCCUCUGCUCAUUUCAAGGAUGCUGAUAAGCAGCCCAAGGAGCCCCCCGCCGGCCUGGUGGCCCUACUCUUCCUGACCUUUUUCCUGCUGUUCGUGGCCAUGGCGGCUGCUGAUUCUGGAUGGUUGCAGGUGGAAUACACGUUCGGCAUGGUCGUGGCGACCCUGACCGCGAUUGAAGACACCCAUCCCGAUAUUUACGUGCGCAUCGAUGCUGAUGCCGAUGUCGACCCAAACAAGCCUGUCGACUUUAACGAGCCCGAGCUGGCGACCGCGACUCCUCCCAAACCCAUCACCAGCAAACUACGCACCACCAUCAAACACCUGCGCGCCCGUGCCGGGUUCUGGUCUGGGUUUCGCGGUCUGAGCCUAUAUCUAGCAUACUCGGGACUACGUGGCUUCAUCUCAUCGUUCAUCCCCGUCCCCACCACAUCGUUCUUCGGCCAGUUUGUCAUCCAGUCGCUGCUUAGCGUGCUUCUGUCGACCUGGCAGAUGGCCUGGGUGCACAUCGUCAUUUCCGAGCCUUCCCCCAAGCGCUUCUACCAGCGCAUUCCCAGCUGGAGGACUUGGAUCAAGAUCGCCCCGGCUGCUGCUCUGGAGAAUAUCCUUACCGCCGCCGCUUUCUUCCUUCCCAUGGCCGUUGCCAGCUUCGCCGGCUGGGUCGACACCUCCAACGACAAGGGCGUCCCUCCCCUCGUGGCCCUCUACCGCUUUAUGGGCGUCAGCGUCGUGCCGGCCCUACUGGCCUUCCUGAUCUCCGUCCCUGCUCGUGUGGUUUUCAUCCGGGUGGCCGCCUCCAUGCUGCCCGAGGAAGACGAGUCCAUUGUGCCGUUCGACCGCUCCUUCGGCGGCAAGGUGAACCCAGCUAUUCUGGGCGGCAGUGGCUGCAUCAGCCUCAUCGAGGCCUGGACCACGUUUGACUGGUCUGCUCGCGUGCGCUUUGCCAAGGUUAUUGGCAAGACCUUUGCGAUCGAGGUGGCGCUGGGGAUUUUCUUCGUCUUGGUGCUUGGCGGCCAGCUGUUCAUGUUGGGUACCGACAACCUGCACAAUGCGGCUGGCUCCAAGCCUAACCAUGCGUAG